AUGGCACGUGAGAUUGUGAAGCCCUUGUGGACGUUGUUUUCUGCAAUUUUUUUAAUUUAUUUGGUUAAUGGGGCAGCACAACCACAAGUUCCUUGUUACUUCAUAUUUGGAGACUCAUUAUCCGACAGUGGAAACAACAAUGGCCUCUUCACUGUGGCCAAAGCCAAUUUUCGACCCUAUGGCAUUGAUUUUCCUAGGGGUCCAACUGGAAGGUUUUCCAAUGGACGUAAUUUGGUCGAUGCGGUUGCUGAACUACUAGGUUUGGAUAGUUACAUUCCACCUUUUGCAACUGCAAGAGGAAUGGAAAUACUCAAGGGCGUCAAUUAUGCAUCUGGCUCAGCUGGUAUCCGCAACGAAACUGGAAGACAAGUGGGACAGAUAAUAAGUAUGGCUAUGCAAUUGCAAAAUCACCAAAGCAUAGUGAAACAGAUAGCUUCUUUGAGGGGAAAUAAUUACUCAUCAGCUGAGGAGUACUUAGGCAAAUGCAUAUAUUCAGUUGGAAUCGGCACCAAUGAUUACUUUAUCAACUACUUUGUUUCCCUGUCCAACACUAGCCGCCAAUAUACACCACAGCAAUAUGCAAGAGUACUCAUUGAACAAUAUUCUCAGCAAUUAAGAACGUUGUACAACUUUGGGGCAAGAAAGAUAGCUCUCUUCGGGCUAGGUGCUAUAGGCUCCGCACCUUCUGAAGUGGCAGCGUGUGGCACAAAAGGCUCGUCUUGCGUUGCUUAUAUCAACAGUGCAGUUCAAAUUUUCAACGGAAGGCUUAAAUCACUUGUCCAAGAACUCAACAGCAAUCUAACAAAUGCCAAGUUUAUUUACAUAGACUAUUAUGGGAUUGGAUCAUCAUAUGCGUUAUCUCGGGGUUCUCUGAUUACAAACGUCUCAUGUUGUGGAGUGAAAAACGGUUUGAACACAUGCAUUCCUUUUCAAAUCCCAUGCAGGAACAGGAGUCGGUUCAUGUUUUGGGAUGGUAUACAUCCUACAGAGGCAACAAAUGUUUUUAUAGCAGCAAGAGCAUACAAAGCUGAGUUUCUUACAGAUGCUUUUCCCUACGAUAUCCACAGCUUAGCACAACUAUCCUAA